AGAGAGGAGAGAGAGAGAAGAAAAAGACUGUUUAGUGACACAGUCCCAUUUAGUCUUGUCAAAAUCACAGGAGUAGUAGAGUAGUUAAACUUCUCUCUCCAAUGGCUUUUCUAUAACCCUCUUUGGGUGUCUACUCUUUUUUGCUAGCACCAAUGGAAGCAGAAAAUGAUGAGUACCAUAAGAAAGAAAGGGCCAUUGGAGUCACUAUACUGGUCUUUGCUUCUCUUGCCGUUGCUUCUUUGUUUGUUGCUUUUAGCUACUAUUGUUAUAUCCGUAACAAAGUUGCUAAGCGUUUCAAGAACCGCACUUAUACGGAGAGUACUGCUUGUGAGGACAAGGGCAACAGUUUUUCCAAUCUGAAAGUUAUUGCAGAGAAGGGACUUCAGGUUUUCACAUUUAAGCAUCUGCAUUCAGCUACUGGCGGAUUUGGAAAAUCUAAUGUGAUUGGACAUGGUGCUUUCGGGUCAGUGUACAGAGGAGUACUUCAAGAUGGGAGGAAGGUUGCAAUUAAGCUGAUGGAUAAGGCUGGAAAACAGGGGGAGGAAGAAUUCAAAGUAGAGGUGGAGUUGCUAUGCCGCUUGCGCUCACCAUAUUUGUUGUCAUUGAUUGGCUAUUGUUCAGAAAGCAGCCAUAAAUUGCUUGUUUAUGAGUUCAUGGCAAAUGGUGGUUUGCAGGAGCACUUGUAUCCAAUCAAAGGUUCCAAUAAUUUUUGUCCAAAGUUGGAUUGGAAGACACGGUUGAAAAUAGCUUUGGAGGCUGCUAAAGGCUUGGAAUAUCUCCAUGAGAUUGUCAAUCCCCCAGUUAUACAUAGAGAUCUCAAAAGUAGCAAUAUUCUUUUGGACAAAAAUUUCCAUGCCAAAGUUUCUGACUUUGGAUUGGCCAAGCUUGGAUCUGAUAAAGCUGGUGGUCAUGUCUCUACCCGAGUUUUGGGAACACAGGGAUAUGUUGCUCCCGAAUAUGCAUUAACAGGGCACUUGACCACCAAAUCAGAUGUUUACAGUUAUGGGGUUGUCCUCCUAGAGUUGUUGACGGGCAGAGUUCCAGUUGAUAUGAAGAGAUCUCCUGGCGAAGGCGUUCUUGUUUCUUGGGCAUUGCCCCGUCUCACUGAUAGGGAAAAAGUUGUAGAGAUAAUGGAUCCAGCGCUGGAAGGUCAGUAUUCAAUGAAAGAAGUUAUUCAAGUUGCUGCUAUUGCUGCAAUGUGUGUACAACCGGAGGCUGAUUACAGGCCACUGAUGGCGGAUGUUGUGCAGUCAUUGGUUCCACUGGUGAAACAACCGCGACCAACUGUGAAUCCUGGUAGCUGCGCUAGCUUUCACGCCACACAGUCCCCCCAUGCUACACAAUCUCCUAAGGCUUAAGAUAUUUUCAAGCAAAACGAGCAUCUCUUUAUUCUUAAUUCUAGUCCAACUUUUAUAACUAAUAGCCACUUAGGUUGUCUAUGGACUAUCUGGCUUAUGGAACCCUUUCAUAAGUAACUUUAAUCUAACAAAAUUUGAUGGAGCAAGCCAGCUGAUGUAAUCUUUUUCUCAUGCUACACCAGGUGGAGGAUCAAGGAACUGCUAGUAUAUUAGAAAACAGUUUCUCUGUAUGUAAUAUGUUAAAGCUCCCAUCAAAUAUGGUGAUUGUAUUUUUUCCAACAUAAUCAGGAUUUG